AUGGAAUUGGUACAAAUCAACGUUGGUGGAAAAGUGUUUUUAACUACCAAAUCAACACUGUCAAAGAUUCCCAAUACCAAACUCUCUGAUUUAAAAGAAACAUCAUCUCAUUACCGCACCGAGUUCAAAGACUUUUAUUUUGAUCGAGAUCCAGAAGCGUUUUCAUGUAUUUUGAAUCUGUAUCGAACAUCAGAGCUGCAUCUAACAUACAAAGUGUGUGGUAACGCCAUCAGAACAGAACUCGAGUAUUGGGGAAUCGACGUGAACAUUGUCCGCAGUUGCUGCUGGAAAAAGCUUUUCGAAGUCGACGAAGAUGAAACCAUCUUGAAAACGUUAAAGAAAGGAAUUUCUACUUGCGAUGUAAUGUAUGGCGAUCAUAGUUCGUCUAAAAGACAAAUUUUGAAAAAUAGAAUAUGGAUUUUACUGGAUAAACCAAAUUCCUCCACAGCUGCCAAGAUUUGGAACUGGAUCUACUUGCUACUGGUGAUAAUAUCAGCAGGCAUAUUCUGUUUAGAAACCAUCGCUUUCCGGGUGCCUAAAAGUCAAAUUGAUGGUACCAAUUCAACAGAAGUCUUCAAUGUCAGCAAUCCUAAAAUACGAGAAUUUAUUUCCACUGAACUCCAUCCCGCCUUAAUGAUUAUCGAGAUCAUCUGUUUAAUUGUGUUUACGUUAGAAUUGGCCUUACGUUCACUGUGCUGCCCUGCUGGGACAGCAUUCUUAAAGUCAUUUUUGAAUAUCGUCGAUAUUUUGACGGUGUUGGUCGGAUGGACAGCAGUGAUCGUUGAUAUGUUUUUCUUCUUUACAGGAGAAUUAGAAACGUUAUUAUUGGCUAAUGUUUCAUUCGGACUGCGGUGCUGUUAUAUAUUGCGUCUCUUCAGGUUCUUCCGAUUGAAGGAGAAAUAUAUCGGGUUGAAGGUCAUGUGGCUGGCGAUUUUACAGUCAAAAGACGAAUUGAUGCUUUUAGUCAUCUCCUCGUUAAUUCUUUCCACCAUAUUAGGCUCCACCACAUAUUACUGUGAAUUGGAAAAUCCCGUGUUUUCAUCCAUACCACAGGCAAUAUGGUGGGCCAUUAUUACCAUGACGACUGUGGGAUAUGGUGAUAUAUAUCCUAUAUCACCUAUAGGGAAAUGUGUGGGUACAGUAUGUUCGCUCUGUGGUCUGUUGAUAAUCUCCAUGCCUAUAGCCAUUAUAGCAGCUAAUUUCAACCAAUAUCACCGCCAGAAUAAACAAUUACAGUGUAUCCUUAAUGAUCGAUACCGAUCACAGAUUAAAACUAAGAAAGAGACUCACAUUAGUGGCUGUUUAUAA